AUGGAAUUCUCCAACGAUAUCCCUCCACCUUCUUACCAGGGCAAAGCUAAGAGCGACUACCGCGUUUUCAACGUCAACUACAAAUGGCGGAAAUCCCAAGGCCUUAUCACCGAACCCGGUGCAGAACAUCCCACCUAUAUCAUUGAUUGCAGCAACUGGAAGAUGAGGUAUCGGUUCCGCAGAGGUCCCUCGGUCAGCGGCCUCCCCGUCUCAGACGAUACGAAGAUCUCAGAUCAACAACUCGAGGGCAAUGAGACGGAUGUCGUUGGUGAUGGCUCAACGCAAGCCUUCAGAAUUGAUUGUCCGCUCCACAUCAAUGGUCGGGCACUUACGCUCUCAGCUGCGAGCAAGCUGCAGACCAAAUACAACUACACGUCAUACGCCUACGCCACGGACCCGAACAAGCCGGCCGUCAUGCAAUGGUUCGGCAAGUCUAUGGUGAAGUGGUUUGACUUCGAUUUAACCGAUGAGGCUGGCAACAAGGUCGCCAGAUAUUACACCAACUAUGCUGGAAUAAAGCGGAUUGGUACCAUCGAAAUGUUUGGACCAAAGGCGCACGAUCAGCUGGCAGCCGAUGAAGUGGUAGUCACUUCCGUCAUGAUGGCUUUCGUAAUGAUGUGGAGAGUCUCCAACAUGGUGCCGCUGGUGGGAGCAAUCACUUCGCGGUCGGGCAAGUCGUAUAAGGUCUCCGAGCAAGAGGCUCUGGAGGAGGAACGAAAGAACCUGGCUGCACACGGCGGGGAAGGCAGCACGGACUUUCUCAACCCGUACGCUGAGAACAUUGACAAUCCGGAUCCAUACAGAAAGUCGAGUGAAGUUGUACGAUGA